CUCCGCCGUCCUUCUCCCUUAUAAAUCGGCCUUCCCGGAAGAGAUCAGAGCAGCAGCUGCCGAGAAAUCAGGAACCCCGCGAAGAGGACCCACGGCAGAGGCAUUUGCCUGACGGUUGUUUGCAGGACCGUCCCCUACUACUGGUGGGGUGUGGGGUGCAGAGAGAUUAUUCAUGAUGAUCAAAGCUUCCUCUAACCCAUUGGAUCUCGGUACUUAUAUCGGUCAACCGUCAUAGCACUAACUAGAUAUAAAUCAACUUGUUUCCCUUUGAUUGUCCCGCUGUGAUUUCCUAUCUUCUUCUUCUAACGUCACACAAAGAUAGACCGAGCUCUUAAGAUGGAUGCAUUCGAAUAUAACGCGAAUCCUGGACGAGUCGUCUUCGGCAGUGGUACUCUCCAGAAACUCCCCGAUGAGAUCUCCAGACUCAACCUGAAGGCUCCGCUGGUGUUGUCGACACCACAGCAGCUCAGCCAAGCGGAGAUGGUCAAGGACGUCCUCAAGGGCAAGGUAGCCGGUAUCUUUACUCAGGCUACGAUGCACACUCCUACACACAUUACAGACCAGGCUCUCGAGUAUACGAAGUCUCAGAAUGCUGAUUUGGUCAUCUCUAUCGGCGGUGGAAGCACCAUCGGGUUGGGGAAAGCCAUCAGCAUCCGUACGGGUAUGCCUCAUAUUUGCAUUCCAACCACCUACGCGGGAAGUGAAAUGACCCCUAUCUUGGGUGAGACGGCCGAUGGUUUGAAGAAGACACGUUCAGAUCCUAAAAUCCUCCCUGGGACUGUCAUUUACGAUGUCGACCUUACUAUGACGCUGCCACCAGCAAUGAGUGCUACCAGUGGUGUGAAUGCUAUUGCUCAUGCCGUCGAAGCACUCUAUGCCCGUAACACUAACCCGGUCAUCAACUUGAUGGCCGCCGAGGGUACCCGCGCACUAGCAUCAGCCCUUCCUGAGAUUGUCGAGAACCCCACAUCCCAAUCUGCCCGGGCGUCAGCUCUGUAUGGAGCUUGGCUCUGCGGGACCUGUCUUGGUAGUGUGGGUAUGUCUAUCCACCAUAAACUAUGCCAUACGUUAGGUGGCAGUUUCAAUUUGCCCCAUGCAGAGACACAUACAGCAGUGUUGCCCCAUGCAAUCUCUUACAAUGCGCCGAAGAUUCCAGAGGCAAUGAAGAAGCUGGCUGAAGCACUUCCCGAUAGCAAUGGAGAUGCUAUCCAGGGCCUGAAUGUCUUGCUGUCUAAAUUGCAAGUCAAGCGAGGUCUUAAGGACUUUGGCAUGAGGGAGGAAGAUAUCGACAAGGCAGCUGAUAUUGCUGUUAGCAACCCCUACUGGAACCCUCGGGAGAUCGAGCGCGCGCCAAUCCGUGAAUUGAUUCGACGUGUUUGGGCUGGGGAACCAGCACGGGCGGAUUUGUAGGUUAGGCAGCCUUCUAUGCAGCACGUUUACC